GUUGAUUGCCGAUCAGGAUGGAAUCAGUGUAUGUUAAAACGAAGAGAGAGACGCGCAGGCCAAACAGUAGAACAAGUUUUGUUUCGUGGAAUGUGAAGGAAGCAAAGAAAUGUUCAGCACUUGUUAAAUUUCUAAUCCUCACUAUCGCUCUACUGAUAGUAUGUUGCCUUGUCUUACUGAAUCUGUACUUGAGGGAGCACGCACGAAAUCUCACCGCUGAGGCUGUAGAGAAACCAGAGACAACAACUACAAGGAUACCUGAACACGAAAAAUAUCAUGGCGGUAUGUGUUGGACAACAGACUGUCUACAUGCGGUAUCAGGUAAGGAAUUUGUCCUUUUUUAAAUAAAGACAGACGACAAACGCAAAAUUUGGAGAACAGAAAAGCACGAUGAGUGAAUAAGCACACUAAUAUAUAAUCUUGCUUAAAUUUGAUACAGCUGUGCGCUAUAAGAACGAUAAAACAAAUCAUUCCAUGUAUUUUAAUUGAUGUACGUGGGAUUCAGUUUCACUCCUUAUCAACCUCGCACACGCAAGAAUCUAAGCCAUUAAAAUAGUUCUAUAUUUUCUCGAUGUAACACAAAGUCUGGAAUAAACGAUGGGUCUUCAGGCAGUCAGUUUACCUCUUUACCUAGGCCGGUAAGCUUAGAUAGCUUACUGCUAAGUAAGAUUCCCUGGGUUAAGACUCUUACAAUAUCUGGGCUCCAAUAAUAUUGAUCAAAAACCUCUUUUAAGGUCAUAUUUGUAGUAAAACAAGGGACUCUUCAUUUACUUAAGUAACAACAGGAGGCAAAUCACGCCUGAAGCUGUUUCACGAAUCACGCUUGCCUUUCUGUAAAAUUCAUACGUCACAUAUUAAUUUUGGCCUCAAUCACGCGUUUCUAUGAAACCCUUUGGCACCCUCUUAGAAUGGUAUGGGGUGUUGAUCUUUUUUAAUAUUUGUUUGGUCUCCUUUUUUUACCAUAAAAAUGCAAUGCCUACACGUGUGGGGGCAAAUUCGUAAAUUUGCAUGCAUGGAGUAAAUUUUAUGUGAUGUCGCAUGAGCUACAAUUUGAAAGACAUCUUUAAACCUUUAUAUUUCCAGAAGAACUAACUGUCCAUGUCUGUGUAACAUAUUGAUCUCCUGUAUUUAACAUAAUGCCGCGUUUUGGUCGAAGGGAGAACAAUUAUUUUCGGCCAUGUUUCUUGUGUGAGGGAGGUGGAGUAGCAUGUUUUCGAAUGUUAUCUUUGUCAUUUUUCGUUCGCAAUAUAUGUUUUGUUGUUGCCACCACGCUUUUUCUCAUAAGUUUUUUUUGGCUGGGGAAAAAUAGCGUUAUUCAAAACUCAUAAAAAUCUAAAAUUUCCCAUUUGAUAAUCUAUUGUUUUGGAUAUCGAGCUUUAGGGAUUACACGCACUUCCACUCAAUAAGUCACUUUAUUGUAUCUCUCAGUUAGUAAGUGCGCCAUGAUUGAGCUAUUUAAUGGGGCGUAUUUCGCUGUACGGCCCGCUAAAUUAGAAAAAUUUGUUUUGAUCGCCAAAAUGUCUCGUGAAGAAAAAUUUGAAACACAUUUAAAGGAAAAGUAAACAAACGAUGAAAAAGCACAAACCUCAGAAGCAGAUAUCCCAGACUUUCGAGUUGAUUUCUUCGAGAUUUUGGCAGAUGACAAGCGACAAAUGAAAAAUGCGAGGACGACAAAGAUAACUUGAUUCGAGAGCUAGAUGAUUUCAUCGCCGCCGAAAGGUGCUCAAACACUGUGAAAAGGGAAAAAUACGAUUGGGAAAAGUUUGAAGGGUUUUGCGAACAGUAGGUCGAUGAAAAUUUUUAAUGUAAUGAACAUACCUGCUGCUGCUCUCGACAAGCUCCUUGGCAAGUUCGUUAAAGAUGUCCGCAAGCAAAAUGGCGGCGAGUACGAACCAGACAGUAUUUCAAGCUUUCAAAAACGCAAACUCGAGUAAACUUCGUCUAACUUGUCCUUCUCUAUUUGCCACCCGUCUUCCUUCAAAAUCCCUACAAAAUAGGUUCGGCUUCCAAAAGAUGCCACAUCCUUUUUCUUCGCUUCAACAAACAUCGGCUUAAUCUCCAAUGCAAUAGUGUCUUUAAUAUUGUUCAGUCUGCACUGAGUGAUCCACCUGGGAACCUUCCAUGAAAACGCCGCAAACACCAAAAAAGUUGGAUGCCAAUCGAUGAAAAGAUUCUUGUGUUGUUUUCAAUCGUAUUGAUAAAAUUCAUUCAUUUAUUCAUUUGCCGUUAACAUUGAAAAAAGUUAGCCGUUCGCACUUUCUACGAAGAAACACGUUGUGCCUUGUAGAUUUCGAGCAUUUUGAAAAAAAACUCUCGACAAAAGAGUUACUUGAACAACAUUGUAUCAGUUCCUUGUAGAAAACCUUUGUAUACUUGAACAAUUCUUUUCAUGAAGUUUGCUUCAUUUAGAACUAUGGAUAUGAAACGAAUAUUUUAAACUUUUGACGACUCAAAGUCCAGUUUUUAAAAGCCAAUAAAAUGCUCUUGUACUUAGGAUUUGACGCGCUUCAAUCAUUAAUGGCCGUUCCGCUCGAGUUGAAAUCUUUUCCCUUCUCUGUUUGAAGCAAAAUACAUAAUAAAUAUCUUACUGACCUCAUUUUUCUCCGUACUGUAAGUUACGUAAACUCGUGUUUUCCGCUCGAUUUAUGGCCCGCGCGCUUCGCGCUUGGGCCAUAAAUCCGAGCGGAAAAAACACGGUCUGCAACUUAAAGUAGAGCCCUCGAACUCGGUAAAUAAGAGGUAUUUUUGCCCGUUUUUUGACUCGGAAUGGCUCUUUGAGGAAAUUCAAUAUGCUAAUGUGCCCGUCACUCACUUAAUUGCAAUAAGUCGGCUGUAAACUCGAGAGAGUCCGCUGCACGAUAUCUUUUAUUCGCUUUCUUUUUAUUGUCUGAUCGACCCAUCCACUUCGACGGUAGGGAAGGCGAUGGCAGACAAAACAAAUUAGGAAGAAUGCCUGAUGAAAAUUUCGACAAUCUUGCACACCCUCCUGGCAACCUUACAGAUAUAGGCAUGAGUCAUUUUUAAAUUCACCUUUGUUUCAAACAAAAAAACAAAAAAACAAAAAAACAAAAAAACACCUCUUUGAUUUUUAUGAUAGUAUACCAAGGCUACAACACCAAAUGUUUAUCGGAACUGUUUGAAAUCUUUGGGUGGAGCAAUUUCAUCAUAACCAUAACUUUGUAAUCCCAUAUUUUGUUAUUUUCUCUUUGCUUCAGCAAUAAGUAUUUCAUGAGGUGGUAAAGGUGUAAGAUUGAAGCUGAUGAAAUGCAGUUGAAGUCCACCGUUUAGACACUACAUGAUUGGCAUUGACCAUUUUCGCAUUGAUCAUUUUUCUUUGACAAAGUCCUCUCUUUAUCGACCAGCGCUGUCACCCUUAAGAUUGGAAGAACAUGGGUCAUCAUAAAUAUGGCGAAGAGGAAUCGUUUUAUUUCCCACGUGUCUUUCCACGGUGAAAUAACCCCGAAAUAAAUCCAUUUUCACCUCUUUCCCCCCCUCACAAUCCGGGUUACAAAUUUACAACAAAUGUAAACAAAUUCUGCCCUUUGCCCAUGUGCGACAUCUUCUACAAAGACAUGCAGAAAGGAUGUAUAUUUAUUGAUUGACUCUUUUCAAGACUUGCUGAAUUCAGUUGACCCUUCAGUGGACCCUUGUACGGAUUUCUAUCAGUACGCUUGUGGAGGAUGGAUGAAGAAGAACCCGAGGCCACUUACAUCUAGAAAAUGGGAUCAGUUUGAGAAACUGACUGCAGAAAACAAUGAAGUGCUCGAGAGACUACUUAAAAAUAAAGAACUGAAAGCUAAAUACUCUAAGGUAAGGCCAAUACCAAACGAUAAAUUCUAUCAUCUUUCAUUUUUGAAAUUCAUAUAUUUACACUGAGCGAGAGAUUAAAUUAAGAGAUCCUCGCAGCUUAGAACACUACUGAAAGGAGUAGUUGAUAAUGGGACCUGAAAAAAAUUCAGGCCCGUACGGGAUUUGAACCCAUGACCUCUGCGAUACCGGCGCAGCGCUCUACCAAUUGAGCUAACAAGCCAACUGUGAGCUGGUCAAAGUGUUGGGUACAAUUAAACCAUCCAAGUGAUGAAUGAUGAUCAACUACUCGUUUCAGUUGUGUUCUUAGCUGCGAGGAUCUCUUAAUUUCAUCUCUUCACCGCAGUGCAAAUAUAUGAAUUUCAUAUAUCUAAAAUAAACCAUCCAAGUGAUGAAUGAUGAUCAACUACUCGUUUCAGUUGUGUUCUUAGCUGCGAGGAUCUCUUAAUUUCAUCUCUUCUCCGCAGUGGAAAUAUAUGAAUUUCAUAUAUCUAAAAUCAUCAUUAUCAACUACUCGUUGUAGUAGUGUCCUUAGCUGCGAGGAUCUCUUAAUUUCAUCUCUUCACCGCAGUGCAAAUAUAUGAAUUACAUAUAUCUAAAAUCGUCAUGAUCAUAAUAUUUUAAGAAAGAGUGUCGAGCAUGAAUGAAAGUGAUCCUCGUAGUAAUGUGCACUAUUUGGGCAGUAGUGAAAAUAUUGUAUAUAAAUGAUAUCUCGGCUUCUUAUUAUCGCAAAAUUGAGACACGUCUUACCAACUUCUGUUUCAUCCAUAUCUUUCCUUUGGCCUUGUGGUCUGGGGCCGAACCUCAAAAACAAAUCUUGAAAAAAUCUUGAUCCCUACGGAAAGAGCUCUACGCUUAAUUUACUUCUCCAGCAAUUUUGAGCAUGCAAUUCCAGCUAGAAUCUGGGACAAAAUCCCCAAGUAUUUGAAAUCAAAACCAAAGGAAUCAUUCAAAGAAAACCUUCGGACUGAAUCGUUGCAGAUUUUAGAGCGUGAGGGGGUUUAUGCUGAUGUGUAUAAUAUUUCUGAUUAAUCAUUCCUUAAUCAGAAGCCUAAUGUUUUUCUAUUUUAAACUACAUCUAUUCGCCUUCUUAUUUAAUUCCUUUCUUUUAUAUGUAAUGAUCUUGUCCUCUCGUUAUGUGUUAAUUUUCUAGCAGAUAUGUAUAUGUUUUCCCAUAUUUAUCAUUUCAUGUUGUAUAUAUAUGGAGUCUACACCGCCUAGAGUAGCUAUGCUAUUUGCGGUGUACAGUUACCUCUCUUUCAUUAGUAACUUUCAUUAGUUAAUAAACAGUAAGUCUGCCUCCACCAACUUGUCACCAGGCAAAAUACAUAGUUUUUGUUGCGCAAAUUUCUGGGUGAAGCAAUAUAUAAGACUGGGGAACAGGAAGGAAAUUUAAGAAACUAACUGAUCGAAGCAAACAAGUGUCCUGUGUUCAUUCAAUUAUUUCAGGAGGAGGCGGUUUGGAAGGCUCUGGCAUAUUAUGAUUCGUGCAUGGAUGUUGCCGCGAUCGAGCGACUGAAGGGCGAACCCCUUGAGUUGCUUAUCAAGGAAUAUGGCUCGUGGAGCAUCACAGAUACUAACUGGGAAGAAGAAGAAUGGGACUUGAUAUCUCAUCUUGCGAGGAUUCAUAAAGAUUUAGUUGUACCAGUUUUGUUUUCCAUGACUGUUUCGAUUGAUAACAAAAACAGCUCACACAAUGCAAUUACGGUAAGUGGAAUUACUUUCUAACAACAUGAUGUCCUCCGAGUUAUCCACUUGUAAUAGAGAGGAAUUUUUUAAACGGGAAGAUGGUCCUCACGAUUUAUAGAGUUCUGACUUAAAAGGUUUUCCCGAUCCCUUUCCCCCCAAAGAGCUGAUGCAGGAAUUAUGUUGUGAGGGUACUCGAGAAAACCGGAGCAUAUUUAAUCGAAACCCUUCGUAACAUUUCCAGGCAAUAAUUUACUGAUGAUCUCAUCUUUACUUGUUUAGUUUGGAGAGUCCUACACCUCACUGUCACGACGAGAACUUCUUACAAAUGACUCAGAGAGCCAGCGGGUAGGGGCAAACACUGUAACAGGACAAUCUUCAUCAGAGUUGUUCGAUUUAAGCUAAAAUUUUGAUGUUUUCCAUGCCUCUUUUCUCGUUCCUGAUCAGUUAAAAAUUCGCAGUUUUCAACUUUCCAUUAAUUUGAACGAGCAAAACAAGAUGAUCGUGACCAUUUCGCUAUUGCUCGUUCUUUACCGAGCAGAAGUCCAUAUUGAGAUAAACUGUACCUGAGUUCUUGAGCGUACUUAAGAGUAGAGAGAGCACGGUCCUUCCCAAAACAGACCGCCUUUUUAUACCGGUAAAUAACAUGCUUAUCUUUUCUUUGGUUGAAAUGAAUUACGGGCAAGUUUUGUGUUUUAAACGUGUCGCUACAUCAGACAUCAGCAAUCAGAAUCAGAAAUCAAAAUACUGAAAUUAACAAGGAUUAAUUGGAAUGUAAUUAGAUAACUUGUGUUUUUAACUCUCAGGGUUACUUUAUGUGAAUGACUGGGAAAUUACAAACGGCUUUCAGACAGCAUUUCACGUGUAACCCAUUGAAUGAAACAUUAAUAUUUGCGUUAUCAAAAUUCAUACAGAAAUCAACUUUCUAGCCAAUGAAAGGAUUGGUGAGACAGAAAAAUUUAAUUUCAUUUAAUCACGAAGGGUUGGUCCGCAUGAUGAGAAAAACUGACCUUGAGCUAGAAAAAGUGCCUAAAACCGCGUUUUCAAGACCACAACCAGUUUUCCACAAUACGAACCUUUCAGCCGGAAAAUUACAUGUUUAUUUCGCGAAGUUAUUCUCAGAUACGUGAAAGAGAAAAACGUAACUACAACUUUGUUGCUAAGAAGGGUGAGAGGCUCGUUCUCCGUUAGCGGUCUCCCGCGGAAUUUUGUGCCUACCGCGGCCGUUUGUUAAACAUGGCGGGAAAAUCAAAAUUUCAUCCACGAAAAAGAAUAUGUAAAUCCAUCAGCUCCCAAAGUUUUGCUUUUCACUGCAAAAUGCCCUGUUGUCAACAGUGCGUGAGUUUUAUCUCCAGUACCAAAAGAAAAUACAAACGUAACUUGUCUGGCCAAAAGUGCCAUGCAAAAUCCACUUAUGUGUCUCACUAGCGGUUUAUGGUCUCGAAAAAGUACAGCCACAAAAGAAAAAACAGGCGGUUCUCUUGAAAAUUUAAGGAUUACUGGCAAAUUUUCCCUUGAAAUUUCUUCGCUUUCCUAGGACCUUUAUGGGUACAAAAGCUGGUUUAUGAAAUCCGUUCGAGCAGCCAUAAUGUUUCCUCCGUUAGCUACCACAUCGCCAAGCAACUCUGAGAUGUUGAGUGUGAAAACAAAUUUAAUUACCUCACACAACAAAAGUGGAUAAUUAAACUCCAAAAAAUUGAUUCAGUUUGCUUUUGGUUAUAACCGAUUCAACAUUUCAUUGUGAAAACGCUGUGGCUAAAUGCCCGGCCGUCGGGCACGGCCUCAAAUGGACUAAAUGCUCGGCACUCAGAAAUUUUCACAGAAUUUCCACCGAAAGGCUUUUUCAAACUCCUUAAGAAUAUGAGAUGCUUGUUUAGAAAUGUUAGGUGAUUCCAAAAGUUAAUUUAGCUUUUUAGUGGAAAAAUUCCGCGAGCUUGAGCAUACUUUAAUUUCACGCGAUUGUCGACACUUGUACGCUUCUUAUCAGACUGCCGGGCACGGUCUCGAAUGGACUAAAUGCCCAGCAGUUAAAAAUUUGUACCAAAAAAUUAUAUCAAAAACUUCUUACAAACCUAUUGAGUAUAUUCGAUGUUUGUUCAGAAAUGUUGGUCUUUCAGUCACAUUCUAAAACGUAUUUAUAUAAUAGUAUGCACAAGCUCGGAGAAUUUGUCCACCAAAAAACAAUUUUUUUUUGGAAUCGCUUGACAUUUCUACCCAAACAUCUGAUACUCUUAAGAAGUUUCAAGGAACCAUUUAGUAGCUCUUAGGUGAAAAUCUCCAACUGCCAGGAAUUUAGUCUAUUCGAGACCGUGCUCGGCAGUCUGAUCAUAAAUGUACAAUCUUACAGUGUGGACAACCGAGCAAUAUUAUGGUAUGAAUAAGCUCGGAGAAUUUGUCUGCUAAACAACUAAGAUAAUUUUGGAAUCGUUUGAAAUUUCUAAACAACAUCUGAUAUUCUAAGAAGUUUGAAAGAACCUUUCGGUGGAAAUUUUGUGAAAAUUUCUGACUGCCUGGGAAUUUAGUCUAUUUGAGACCGUACCCGGCUACCGGGCAUUUAGUCACAGCGUUGUAAAAAAGACGAAACAAAGUGCAAAUGGUUGCGCGGUUGCUUAAUAUUUGAUAAAAAUUUGAUGUUUCGGCGUAAAUAACUUACGUGCCCGUUGCAGACGGGUUCUUCUUCUAAAGGUACGAAUUUCAAUCAGUUCAGACCUGUUGUUUUAAAGUUCUUGCCUGGAGAAAUGAUCCAGAAACCAACUAUCCUCUCCACCGAACAAUUGAUCGCGGUAAAAAUGAACAUAUGCUGGUAGUGCCAGUCUCCAAUCAAGCGGAUUUAAAAAAAUCCGUAUCUCCUCACAGGAAGUUGACGAUCCAAUUUGUCUGACUGAACACGCUCCUUUUUGUUGUGAUCUCGUGACGCACCAAAUAUGGUCGUGGUUCGAAUCAUUUAAAUAGAACAAACUUUGAUACCCACCGGGGUCAUAGAACCAAAUUAAGGGGGUUUGAAGUCUUCCUUAGCAACAGACUUGUAGUUAAGUGGCACCCCCCAUAAAAUGGCAGCUUUCUUAUAUGCAAAACUUUCCGCUCCGUUUCUUUUUCUCAAGCUUUUUUCUAUAUCUAUAGCUUUAUAUUCUUACAUUUUUAGGUUCGUAAUGCAUAUAGAGAUUUGAUGAGGAAUUUGACCAUCAAACUUGGAGCUGGGGAAGAUUCAGAAGAUGAUCUGUUAAAGACGUUUGAGUUCGAGAAAGAGCUGGCAAAGGUUAGUUAUUGGCAAUGCAAGGCUGGCCUGAGUUUUCCUCUGCCUCUCUUUUUCUUCUUUGAUAUCGUGCUCAAUAUUUCCAUGACCUUGGAAACAUCCUUUUUCCACUAAAGUAAGUCUUACUUCUCUCGCGUUCUUAUCAUAACAAAAUCAGUGUCAGGCUGUUUGUUGGCAACAAGAGAUGAUACGUUUAAUAUUAUUGUCCUCUAAGCAUAAAACUGAAGACAUAACGCAUAUAUUGUAAAAGAUUGUAAAUAAAUAUGAAAGUCAUAUAUUUGAACUGCGGAUGAAGACGUGAAUAUGAAAGCGAUCUUCGCAGUAAUGAACACCAAUUGAGCAGUAGUGAAAAUAGGGCUUGAAAAAAAUUCAGGCCUGUACGGGAUUUGAACCCAUGACCUCUUCGUUACCGGUGCACUGCCCUACCAACUGAGCUAACAAGCCAACCGAGAGCUGGUCAUUAUGUUGGUUCCAAAUAAACCCGUGAAGUAGUGAAUAAACGAAUGUGAAGUGGGUAUAUAUUGUACCUAGUUUGAUUUCUGUAGGUGACGAAAUGCAGUUUAGGGUAGUUCAACUUAACUUAAGUAGCUUUAUCUGGUAAGUGUAAUUGCUGUAGUUAAACUGCAGUACUUUGUAGGAGGCUGCUGUAUGCAAUGUCUGAGUGUGGUGUUUUCUGUAUAGUAUCGCGCAGUUGGUUUCGUUGGUAUCUCAAAUAAGUAUCGGCCUAAAAUUAUUUCUGUUUUGAGUUUUGUAUCACGAACUCAGAGAAAUUUCCUGGAGCCAGCAAAAUAAUUGAAGGCCCAUCUUUCAAAACUAAAAUAAGUCUUAUCUCAAGAGAAUGAACACAGAUAAUGACAAGUAAAUAUUGCAUGAAACCUUUGUUACGGUAUGAAUCUAACCGACAGAUAAACAUUACAAUCCCACAUACUCAACUACUUUAUUAAACAACCAGUGAUAUUCCUAAUAAGAAGCGACUCCUAAAGGCAUCACAAUACUUAUCGUUAAUAAACUUAACUAAGCCCACCACAGUCUAUGUCCUAGCUUACAACUAAUACAGUUUCGCUGCUGUCUCCAAAGUUCCUUGAAAUAAGUAAUCUUCCGCAAUAACUCUCUCUGGGUAUAGCUUUCAAAACAGUCUCGCUCCGAUAACAACAACAACAACUACUACUACUACAUAAGUAAGUCUUUAUAUAUAUGUAUUCACAAAGUGUUCAGGAACCUUCCAGAAGCUUACUACAUCAACGGCAAACUUGAACGGGGAGCUGAAAUCAGGCGCUGUCGAUACAGGGGCACUCUGUAAUAUAGCUUGUAAUUCCUCAAACGCCUUUUCACAUUGGUUACUACAAACAGAUUUCACCUUCUUACUGAGUACUUGCGUUAAUGGUUAUGUAACAGAGGCGAAAUUAAAACAAAACCUUUUGUAGUUGCCGGCCAUAAUAAGAAAACGCAUGAGUUGUUUCUUGUUCUCUGGUCGUGGAAAGUUAGCCAUCGCUUCCACCUCGGCACUAACUGGUUUUACUUGACCUUGCCCGACGACAUGCCCCAAAUAAGUGACUUUCGCUUGGCCAAACUCACUUUUGGAAAGAUCUAUGGUCAGCUUAGCCCCACUCAAUCUCUUGAAAAACUCACUGGUAGUUUUAAAGUGCUUUUCCCAAAUGUCAAUGAAAAUAAUCACAAUAUCAAUAUAUGCUUUACAAUUCUCACGAUCUGUGGUGACUUUGUUGAUAUGGCGCUGGAAAGUUGCAGGUGAAUUUCUCAUACCAAAGAGCAUGAUAUUGGUACAGUCCUUCUGGUGUUGCAUAGGCUGAAAUCUCUUUGGCGCGUUCUGUCAAAGGAACUUGCCAGAAUCCAUUUAAAAGGUUGAAUUCCGUUACAUACUUAGCUUUUCCAGCUUUGUCAAUACAGUCGUCCAUUCUUACGAUAGGAGAGGUGUCUGUCUUGGUCACGUUGUUCACUUUUCUGCAGUCUGCGCACAUACAGUAACUUCCGUCUGGCGUAGGAACGAGUAUACAUGGAGAACCCAACAACUGCUGCUUGGUCCAAGAAAGUCGUUCUCUAACAAAUAUUUUAUCUCUUUUUUUGAGAUAUUGUUGCUUACUAGGAUUUAGCCUGUACGGGUGUUAUUUUACAGGAGCAGCAUCACCGACAUUCACAUCAUGGUAAAUCUGAUCUGUCCUGGAAGGUACAUCAGGAAACAGCUCUUUAUACUCUUGCAGUAACCUUUUCAGGUCCUGGCGUCGGCUCUCUUCCAGGUGUGACAGCUUAGAGUCUAAGUUCCGCAACACAUUGGAGUUUGUGAGUUUUGUUGUGUUAGUGGGACUAAGAUGACUACUACUAAGUUCGCUAUUCAGUUCCUUGGGCUCAGAAACAACUACAUUAACUAAAUGAAUACUUUUCUCUACAUAAGGCUUGUUACUGGGUACUGGCAACAAUGCAAGAACCUUUUGACCUGGCUUAAAGUCACGUUCUACAGCAUGUACAUCAUACUUUUCUUUCAUAGACUUCUGAGUAGAACUAAGAUUAGCUUUGACUAAUUCACAAGCUCUAAAAGCUUGGAGCGAAAAUCUGAAGAGAUCAGUACUGUCAGUUGUCACGUAUAAAUGUAAUUCUGUUAGUGAUCCAGCAGAGAAGGCGUCAUUAUUUUAAUGAAUUUUUUCCUUCCGUGUUCAUACCUAACUGUGUUGAUCUUGCGGGAUUACAAAAAGAGGUGGCACAUUCUAACCUACCUUUGGAAGUGUCAACAACAGCCUCUGAAGUCCAUAACAUUUUAGCUAGGUCAGAUGUAGUGUCUCAUGUAAUCUUACGACAGAAGUUAUGUAACUUUGGUGUGUCUGGUUGCCUCCUGAACUGGUGCAGGGACUGCUUAAUGAAUCGUGAGCAACAGGGAGUAAUAGAUGGGGCAAGUUCUGACUGGCACACUGUCUCCUCAGUGGUACCCCAGGGGUCCAUCCUGGGCCCCUUGUUUUUUGUGAUAUUUAUUAAUGAUCUGCCUUUGAGAGAGAAAGAUGGACAUACUUUGAAGAAGAAUUAUGCUUGCACAAACACUUUUAAGUUUAGUUGUUUUAAAUAUUAUCGUUGAUAUGUGGAAUUCACUCACAUUUUUUCAGUGUCUAGUAUCUCAAGUUUUAGGCGUGGCGUGAGGAACUUCUCGAUGAAUACCAACUACACUGGUCGAAUUACCGAAAACUCAUAGUCACUUAUUUUAGAAUUUUUAUAUCAGAUUUUAAUUGAUUAUAUUAAUUAUAUUUUUAAACUAUCCAUUUAGUUAGGUGGUCUGUCUGAGGAUUGAUGGUCUUGAACUCUUUUACAUAUCAUCCUUAAGGCAUUUCCUUUGUUAUAGGUAAUUAUUUUAUUUUGCUAAUUUCCAUUACAUUGUAAUAAAUAAAUAGAUAAUAACUUCUCUUUAAGUAGUUUUAGCAGUCCUCUCACAGUGUGCCCAAACACAAGCUUGAAUGGACUCCUGUACUGACUCGCGUGCAGCGGGAACAUCCGUAAAGUAGCGGGUGGGGUUUUGCGAGACUUCCCUUUCUCUAACACUUCUUGAAAAUAUAGGUGAAACUUCCGGGUCUUCAUGCUGUUCUGCAAUGAGCUAAGAGGUUGACAUCUUUUCAAACUGUUUCAUUAAAAUUUUCUCAGAAAAGACUUGUACUGGCUCAUAAAUAGAGGGAUUCAGUCGUUUACCCUCAAAGACUUGGCUGAUGACGGUGUACGCUAAUGUUACCUUUUCGUCACUGGUUUCUUUCCACUUACUCAUGGCUCGCGUCUCAACACACGCUUGGUAUAGACCAGGAAUUUUCUUCUCUACUGGGUUUGGAUACUUUUCUGAACUGGGCUUCUCGCUAACAAUAGCAUUAAUAACUACUUUGUCUCCUGCAAAGUCAUUUCCGAGGAUAAGGUGCACUCCCUGGUAAAUGGUGACAAAAGCUGUAUUCCAAAUUUCACAAGCCCAGACACAAUAUUAGGUAAACUAUAUGAAGUGGCACUGGAGUAUACUCAGAACUGAUUCCUCUGAUUAGAACACUCGCACCAGUGGACGACUUUUCAGAAAACACCAAAGUGUCACUCAACCGAAAAAAGACUGCGAGGCUCCAGUGUCUCUCAAAAUCUUGAUUGGUAUGGAGUCGGACAUAUGGAGACAGCAGUGAUAUUGUGUCAGUGGUAAGCUAGGAUGUAGACUGUGGUGGGUUUAAUUAAGCCCUUAAACACUUUGGUGUUUUCCACACCGUAAACAUAAUGCGGAAUUUGUGAUUUGUAUGUUAUGAAGUAGCACUAUGUAUGGUAUCAUGUUGUGAAUAAUCUUAAGUUAGAGUAUGAUUAACUUCGUUAAUGAACUGGUCGUCAGCGAAACGACUCGUAGACGAAAAGAUCGGCAACCCGCCCUAUUUUACUCGCAAAGAAAUAGUAAGUGAUGAAAAUCUCUCAUGAAGCAAGAGUAGCUAUGGACCGAGCCUCGAGCAACUCUUACGCUUCUCUCGUGCUCACCAAACUUCCCGCGUACAUCUAUAACACGAUAUACGCUCGCUGAGCAUAAACCAAUUCUUAAAUUUGGAAUAAGGUCUCCAGUCCUGCAUAUUUAGGUUGCUGCCUAUUCAUUAAAUGUGUCAGAAUCGAUUGUACCUCAAACACAAAAGUGAUCUUUCCACGUCUUUUUCACCUUUCGUAUCUUAGAUAUCUACCCCAAGAUCUAGACGACCAUCCUUUGAAGAAGCUUACAAGAAGCUCACGUUAUUAGAAAUACAGGAGUAUACCGGUGACUUCGUGAGUAUCAAAGCGUAUUCAUGUAGAGCGAUCUUUCGUUUAUACCACCUUCAUCUCGAAUUGAUUUUGUUUACUCUCCCAAGUUCAACUGGACGAAAUAUGUGCAAGUAGCGAUGGAGGAUAAUACAUUUCAUGUUAACAGCCAAACCAAAGCCGUGGUCUAUUCUUUGGAAUAUUUAAAAAGACUGGUCAAACUCCUGAGCAUUACACCCAAAAGGUGAGAUAUCGUAACUGCAAUAAAUAGAUAUUCAAGAGAUUCAUAUUUGUCAUCUUCUUUUUCUUCGUUGGGCCUAUUGAAAAGAAAACUGAUCACUCCCACUUAAAACAACAAAAUAGUGCCUAUUCGUCUCAAAUAUUUCUAAUACUUGAACAAAAAGAAUAAUGAACAAGUUUCGAGUUGGUUGACUUUUCUUCAGUGUCUUAGCUCGUUUCUUCUCUCCUUUGGUCGUUCGAAAAAGGCGCCUAACAGUUUUCCCGGCCUUUUUUCCUGUGUCUACGAUCUCCCGUGAUGUUUGUAGCACCCGAAUACUUUCCAUCCUAACACAUUCGAGCAAUGUUAGUCACAAAGUAAUUUGCCGGCCAACUGUCUGCGUGGCGCUAACAAUGUCCAGCAAUAAGUAUUCUUCCUUGGAAAUUAAACUCAUCCAGGAUAAAUAAGUGUCAUAAUUGGUGUACAACACAGUACAUAUAGGUUACAUCCAAGUGGGUUUUUCAGAACUGAUUUGUAUGAACUUACAACAACGUUCAUUUACUUAUUUUUACUAAAUGAACAAGUGUUAGAGAUUCCUUACAACAUGACUUUCGCCAGAAGCUUACAAGCCUAAAGUAAUUAUGUAUGUCCGAGAGCUGGGUUUAUUAAUGUGUGAGACUAGUCAAUCAGAAUUUACUUCCUAAUAUGGAGUUGUUUAUCUUUAAUGACUGCUGAAUAUGUAAUGAAAGAAACUUUACCGCAGUACUAAUCAGGAAUACGUUAUGAAAAUGCAGUUUUCAGACCGCAAACUUGACUCAACAAAUAGAGAAGCCUUAACAAUGCUCUGCUCUCUUGUAAAGCACGCAGGAAUUGGCCAGAGUACUCAAGAAGUGGGGAGAAAUACGUAGUCGAGUGUUUCUCCCAGCUUCUUGUCGUUUUUACGGAAAUCACUCUCGAGGGUUUUAUGGACCAGUCCCAAGGGGAUCGAUCGUGAUGCCAUGCGAUUUCAAGCAUUGAGCGUCAUUUUGGAUUGGCUGGCUGGCUAUGUGGCACAAAUAGCCUCAAUCAACCUCAUGUGAAAAUGUUUUCUUGGCCGCCUUGAGCUUAAGACACCGAUUUUUUUUCUGCACAAUCAGCACAAUAAAGCUUUUACUAGAGAUCGAACGCAGUUUACUAAUCUUUGAUUAUUACUAAUUUUACAAUAAAUAAUCCGUUAAAUUCCCCAAGCAUUACUUUCAAUUUUCAAAACAAACUUUAUUUCCAAAGCGAACAACAGUGUCGUUAGUAUGCUCUUUACUCUCCGGUAUAAUUUCUGAGACUUGUUCCACUGCGAUGACCGGAGAUCGCUAGUCGCUCAAUACCUCUUUGUAAACAAUUGUGGAUUUUUAUGAAGGAAAACACUGCUUAACCUCUAAUUCCAUAUUUGGACAAAACUUGCACCCUUGUUUCUGAUUGGCCGCCUAAUUAACCCAAACUUGUAGUUUGAGAAUAUAGGGGAUUUAGACACUUCUAGAUCAUAAGCUUCUGCUUUCGCUCAUUAGAUCAAAAUCUUCGUGCUCUAUUUCAUUCAUAGUAUUUUCUAUAUUUCUUAUGGAUUUAACCCACCUUUCCAUAUUCUUUUUUUGUCUAUUUUAUUUUCACUUAUUAGAACUAUUGCUAACUAUAUGAUGUGGAGAGUGGUCAAGUUAAAGUUUCUACAACUAAGCAGCGAUUUUGUCGAAUUGUUCAAAUAUUAUUACCUCCAAGCUUUCAAUUACUGGAGUGACUCGGACCAGCAUCAGCUCUGUCUCAUGGCAACUUCACAGAAAUUUGGAAUACCCCUUUCGAAAGUCUUCCUUGAUCAAAAGUUCUUUGGUGACAGCAAGGAAUUGGUGAGUGAAAAGGGCAGUCAAAGAAAAUUACAGGCGAGAGUAAUAAACCGAGUCUCUUCGUCUCUUAUUGUUAAAUAGUCUAAUACUAAUCCAUUUAGGCAAAGGACAUCAUUGGAAACAUCCGCGCGGCAUUCAUCUCCAACAUUGGAAAACAAGACUGGAUGGAUGAAAAAACACAGAAGGUGGCCGUAGAGAAGGUGAGGUCCUUGAAAUACUAGACUGCUCUCUGUUCCAUUUUAGUGAUACUAGGUACAAUCGACUUGUACUUUUCCCAUAAUAUCUUAGAUACGAUGGUCUCGUAAACCUCAGAUACAGAUAUGAACGUUAUCGCUCAGAGGGAAUGAAAAUACAAUAGUUAACCGACUCUAACGGCUCAGUCCAACACACUCUUCUCUUUUACGGAUACGACAAAGUCGUGACGACCAUUGGCAAACCUCCAGACCAAAGCUACUGUCUGUAUAUUUGUCACGACUUAGUUUCGUUGGUAGAUGUAUGUACUUCUAUUCCGUUUACAAUUAUUUGCGACUAUUGACUACCUUUUCUUUAUCGUAUUAGUGCCCUUUUGAUGUUUUUCAUUGGAAGUUUUCCUUCAAAUUGAUUUCAAUGGAUGAUUGCAAUGAAUGAAUAUUUUGAAUACUCGACCAAUUGAAUAUUCACGAAUGCAUGGUUUGCUCGUAGGCGGAGGCUCUAAUCGAAAACGUAGGAUAUCCUGAUUACAUAAUGGACGUUGAAUAUAUGACCCAAAGAUAUAAAGAGGUACGUUUUUUAAGCCUUGGGUCCAUCGUUUUUUCGGGGAAGGCACCUAUAACGCAUUUUUUUUUUCAUUAAUUGGAAUACUUAUCCGAUAUAUUUCGUUCAUACUAUACCUUCUUAGAAUUUCUCCAGCAAACUUCACUUCACUUCACUAGUGUUACUCGCAACCUAUAUAACGUAACGUAAUAUUGCUCCAUGUUUUUUUCGCCUUGAUACUAGUUGUUCUAAUUUAAAGCAAUGCAGGAGGUUGUAAUGUUGCAGCGAAGUCGACUGAUGGUGUGGUGACGGUCGCAAUUCCUCGCCUCCCAACGUUCCUUGAUUAUAGCUUCUCUUGGAAGUACGACUGCAGUUACAACCUUAGCCUGGUCUUAUAACUGAGAUAGAAAAGAAGUGGUUGGCAAAGUUUCAUGCUCUCGAUUUAACUUCUUAACUCAACCUUUUUUUAAAUUUCACCUCUGAAAGAAAAAGCAAGUAAUAGCGCUGAUUUCGAUAUUUCAUUUAAAUUGAGGGGUGUUUUCUUAAAAUCCCAAUUACCUCUGCAGUGUAUAUAAUAUGUGUCUUCCUAUAUCGUUCCUAAAAGAGGCCUUUGCAGGGUUAAAGAUUUUUCCAGAUAAACCGGAUAUAAAAAUAGAAAAAAAACUUACAAAUACAUGAAUGAAGAAAAUUUAGGAAGUUCACAUUAAAACAGGUGUUUUGAUGUAGGGAAACUGAUUAAGUCCAAUAGGGUGUUUAUAGACGUUUCCUUGGUCGUUGUUUUUAAGGUAACCAUAGACGCAAAAACAUAUUUCAACAAUGAUGUUUCAGUUACAAAGCGUCAGAAUAUCGACAAACUUGCAAAAGCUGGAACAGCCGUGGACAAGACUGAGUAAGAAAUUUUAGAAAUUCUUAUAAUGUCAGUGUCCUUCCGCUUGAGCUCAGUUCCCUUUGGCGUAACUUCUGCAGUCGAUCGGAAGAGGGUGUACCACAAUGCAUGAAGGCGAUUUGUUUGUAAAGUUCCUGUAAACUCUAAGGAUUAAUUGCCAAAAAUUUUUAGUGAUUCGCAAAUUUAUAUCCCAAAUCGUCCCUCAGGCUCGUUCAAUGCUACUACCCAUGCAUUCUCACGAGCUCAUACUUCAUUCCAUUACAAGCACAGCGAGACUGGCCAAGGCGUACUAAACAUUGAAAAUUCCUUAAAUAAUUUCAGAGUCAAGUGCUUAUCGGACUUUAUGCUAAGACGUAGAAGCUCUAGCAAGAAACCUUAAGUUCUAAAUUGUUCUUUGUGCUUUUUUAGAUGGCCUUUUCCGCCAACAAUGCUUAAUGCAUUUUACGCCUAUAACGAGAAUAAGAUGGGUAAGGAAAAAUCAUGAACGUUUGUCUUUUGCUUUUUUUAAAUAAACCGUUGAACUUGAAGCUUAACAAACUUUUUUCCGUUGAAUAGGGGGAGGAAAGGAUGGAAUAUUGUCAUUUAAUAUCGUAAACUAUGAUUUAGGCUCAGAAAAGAGAAAAUGUGCACUUAGCAUAGAUAUGUACAAAAUUGUAUUCUUAAAUUUACUUUUCCACUUGAAAUACAUAGAUUUGUUUUCAUUUCAGUCUUUCCGGCUGCUAUUCUGCAACCACCAUUUUAUAACCUGUUGUAUCCAAGGUAAUGCAAAGCACGAUGUUCAACGUUUGCACUUUGUUUUGUGAUCGUUUUUUUCUGAUCAGGUUUUCCUGACUGUUUUUUCUAUUACAAAUGGCCGGCCUAUCUCCCUGCGCCCUAAGUCAUGAAACAACGCAUUUAUAUCUCUCACUGUACUGUAGGUCUGAGUUGUGCAGUUCAAGUUUAACAAAACUGUGACCAUUUUGCUCCCUCGCCUGAUCUUCUGCACAACCUGCAGGGGCUGUUUACAAAGAUAAAUCAUUACUCUUGUUUUCUGGUGUAUUUUAAGAGCAAUGAACUAUGGUGCUAUUGGAGGAGUCAUGGCCCAUGAAAUUACCCACGGAUUUGAUGAUACAGGUUUGUGGGUGAUUGUUUAUUAAUGAUUUACUUAAAGAAAAAGCAUCAUAGAAAGUCAGGAUAGACAAAAUUAUGACAGCCCGCGCGCUAUUUGUAAUUACACUCGUGUUACAACUUUGUUACUCUGUUACAUGAAAAAUGCAAUCGUUUUCAGCCAAUCAGAAACGGGUAGUUUUUUCAUACAUACCAUAGUAUGCUUUGAAGAUACUGUUGAUCAGAUCAUCGAAUGUACACUUAGAUGAGGCCUAGACUGACAGUCGAAGAAAACCUCUAUUCUUAUAGGAAAGCUUUACGACAUUGACGGUAAUAGAAGAAGGUGGUGGAGUAACUCAACCCUCGCUAACUUUCAAGAAAGGUCUCGUUGUUUGGUCGAUCAGUACUCGAAUUAUACAUUUUAUGGAAACCAGGUAACAAAGUAGUAAAUAAACUUUGAUUUACCCCUUUUUUAUACUAAAGAAUAAUAUUUCAUUGAAGCCACGUUUUUGUUCUUAAAAUAAUAUGGAAUACAAAGGGUUAGAUUUCAAAUAGACAGUAAAGUACUUAUAGAGAGGCAGUUUUCAUGAAUAAAUAAGUAUGAUUAUCGUCUCAUUGCCUUCGGCUUCCAUGCUUUUGUCGGACAUAACUAAUGUAUACUUGUAUAGGGGGUGGUGUAAAGGAACAGUGUACGCACAAAGAAAAUGUGCUGAAAGUGAGGAGUCUCACUAUUCAACAUGUCCACUACCGAAGAAUCAUUUCUUUUGAGGCACGUUUUCUCUCUCCUAGAUGUAGUUAAUCCUACCGUUUUGGUGUGUCUCAACUCCACCACCAGUGAUGCUGAAGGCUUAAAAAAUUACUUAUCACUUGAUUAUGUGUUAAACUUUAAAGGUGAAUGGCGAGAAUACUUUGUCAGAAAACAUAGCUGAUAAUGGUGGUGUUCGCGUAGCUUUUGAGGUAACUGACGAAUUAUUUUCUCUAUGAAGACAAUUUUGUUUUAUCAACUGAGUUGAUAAUGCAAAUUAAGCACCAUAAAGAGUUUCAAUCUGACGUUCCGAGCGUUUGCCCUUUCGUCAGGGAAACUGAAGGAAUAAUCCAUUUUACAGUUACGUACUUAGUUGCCAAGCCUUUGAUUUGGAGGGAGGCUGAAGGUGACCUUGUUGUGAUAAAGACCAGUAUCUAGUUAGCACGAUGACAAAGUAAUUUACAUUUGAAAAGCAGCAAGGUUUGUAUCAUAAAGACCAGUGUCUAGUUAGCACGAUGACAAAAUAAUUUAUAUUUGAAAGCAGCAAGGUUUGUAUCAUAACAAGGUCAUCCUUAGCCUCACUCCUGUUCAGACUUGGCAACCAAGCGUGCAACUGUAAAAUGGAGUAUUGUGAGUUGUGCGAGUGUUUAUAGGCAGAAAAUGGAGCUACACUAUCAGUGACAACGUGGUAACGAGAAAAUCAAGAAUAAACUAGUUGAAUGAAAAGCGUUCAUUGCUACCUUGUAUGGAUUUUUACGCUGUUGCACAACUCAAAAAUCUUUAUUCCGCGCUCUCCGACACUCACCACUCAGCAUGGAAACGAAGCUCAAACAGAAAUUGACCUCAAAUUUUAUCUUCUACCGAAGUGCCCCAAACCCUUCUGGAAAAAUGAUGAGCAUGUACCUGCCUACAAUUUGAGAGUUCACAUGGUACGACAGCAUGUCACGUGACUGUCACAUGACCAUUUUUUUUCUUCAAAAAGCAGUCUCCUUUGUCGAUUCUGACAUGUUUCAAAUCCUGCUGAGACUAGGGUGAAGGUCUUAUUCAGGCUUUUCAUCUCAUGUGGCAACAGAGAAAUCAUGUACUUUCGAAUUAUGCUAAAAAAAAACAUUUGGAUGCGUAGAACUCCAGAAAAUGGACAAUAUUAGUGCCGGUGUCUCUUCCAUCACGCAUCCUCGUUUCCAUGCUGAGUGCCAUAUCAUGGUGUAAAGCCCCAUUUAUCUCGUUAGCGGUACCACAAUUAGGGACUACAAAGUAUCUUAUAUUAAAGAGCAGGUAUUGGUCUAUCAGAAUCAGCUGUCAAACCUUUUCUGUCGGGUGGGUUGAACCAACUCGUUAGAUAAGGCUUUUUCAGAAAAUAGCUCCUUGACUAGCAGUUCAGAUAUAUGAUUUUCACAUAUUCACAGUCAUUUAUUCAUCACUUCACGGGCUCAUUACGUACCAACGCAACCACCUCCCAGUUGGCUCGUUAGCUUAGUUGGUAGAGCACUGCACCGGUACCGCAGAGGUCAUUAUAACUCCUACUUAAGUAGCGUUCAUUACUCGCUCUCAUAUGCACAGCCCACGAUUCCUCAAUUCGCUCUGAGAAGGGGUUGACAAUCGAAACUUCAGCUUUGAAACUCGUUAGGGUUGCCAAUUUACAUUAUCAACGUAGUUGAUUAAACCAAAUUAUCUUGAUAUACUCUCCCAUCUACGCAGCAACAUAGUUUCUGUAGAAACCUAUUCCCUUUAUUCAUUUAUUUUCCCUAUCCGCUUUGGAUUGAAGUUUUGUAGUUUUUGAAAUUAUUUUGGUCCUAAGAGAGUUUUGCUGAGAUCUGGGUGUGGUUGCAAGAAAAAGAUCCCAACGGAGGCUUAAGUUGCUGAGUUCUGGGUUUGUUUGCAAGAAAAAGAAAACAUUGACACAUGAACGAAGUAAUGAAAGUGAAUCCAAUUUGAUGCUUUUGUUGCCUACAUAAUUGUUUCCUUAUGACGAUGUCAUUUGCCUUCACCCUUCUGCGCAGUAACCUCUGAGUAUCGGAAAACAUUCAAAGCUCUUUCUACAGGCAGUUAUCGUUCUGAUUGGUUUUUGACGAAGCUCAUUUACAUUUCACAGGCAUACCGGAAGUGGGUUAGGGACCAUUGGGAGGAACCUAGGCUUCCUGGUAUGAUGCUGACAAACGAGCAGGUUUUUUUCAUUAGUUUUGCAAGGGUAAGAUUGUCUGUUUUUUUAAAUCUUAGAAUCAGAAUCUUUCGAGAGAAGUUGGGUGAUCUUACUUUUCAUGAAAUAACACUUGGUAGAAGGGAGUUGCCUUCACUUCGGGCCAUAACCAUGGAUGACUGGAAUCAACACAUUGGUAGCUGAUAGCUCAUUGCUUCUGAAGUGUUAUCUCUCAGUAGCAAUGACACAAAGGACUCAAAUUCAGUUGUGGUCCUAAAUUUUCGUGAUUCCUCAUCGAUUCUUUUAUUUUUAUAAAUCUUAGUGUAUAACAACAUUGUAUUGAAAUAGGUUUCAUUCUGACUUGAAAAGAAAAGAUUCUCGCAGGUGAACAGCAAUCUCCUGCAAUUGCCUAAAUUACAGUUCACCUGCAAUGAUCAUUUCUUCACUUGUCCUUCGUGUCAUAGCAGUUUCUUCCUCAGUUUUUGCCCUGGGCUUGAGCUGACCGCGUUGCAAUUGAAUUUAUGGCGAGUUUCGUUUUCAUCGUAGUCACAUCCCGAAUGAUAUAGAUUUUCUGCAGCUUAAAGUGAAAAAUAAAUGUGCCAAAGAAUGCUCGCUUCUGAAAACAUAUUUGACUUAAGUCUUAAGGGAACGAAAUAAGUUUUAGAGUUAACGAUAUUCUCACUCUCAGAAGUGAUGCGAAAAAAUUGUCUACAAUGUAGCAACUAAUUACCCCAAUUGUAAGCAUUUGUUUCAGAAGUGGACAAUCAAAUAAGCACCUCCAAAUCAUGAAUUACGGCCUUCCGAUGGUGAUUUGAAAGCAUUAUAUUAAGAAACAGUCAACUGACCGCGCUUUUAAUUUGUUUUAUUUUUGUUAUAAAAGAUUUAUUAUAUAAUUAUAUAGCUUACGGCAAAUAUAAUCUAUAGCCUAGGCCCUUAAAAUCCACGCUGUAUUUUUUAUAGGCAAAAUAAUAUCAGAGUAAGCAAAGAUGCCUCUUCUCUUGGAUUUUUGUCUGCUAACUUUAGUGAACUGGCAACUUUCUUGUUUUCCAACAGAACUGGUGUAGCCAUUACAGCGAUAGAGCUGCUCGUGUAGCAACGAAAUACUUCGAUCAUAGUCCCAUGCCAUGGAGGUAAAAAGAAGUAAUUUGCGUUUAUAGCCCAUUUUUUACACGGUCAGUUCUUUAUUUCCGACAAUUAUUGCUUUCCUCUUUCGUUGCAGGGUGAAUGGUACUCUCAUUAAUUUCCCGGAAUUUUCAAAGGCGUUCAAUUGUCCUAUGGGUUCACCAAUGAAUCCUGAACACAAAUGUAAAAUUUGGUGAAAGUUACUUCUAAAAAGAACACUAGCAAACCUUAACGUGAUGUUUAGCAAUUGAGAAAUAAAAUACGAAAUACCUUAUUAAUGUCAGGUGAAAAAAAAAUCGACAGAGAAAUUCGUCCCAAUUGAACUAUCAAGCCUUCAUUUAAAGUUCUUUACAAUAAUUUAGUUUGAAAUGGUAAAUUGGAAAUUCAUCUUUGCGAAGUUACUACUUAAACAGGAUGUUGGUGUGUACACUCAGAAAUGAAAGUAGUGAAAGUCAUCAGUGUAAUACAUUCAGAUACAAAAUAAUGUAUCGAUGUAGUUCGACAGCUUAAAAAGCAAUUUUUAAGGCUAUUUUCAGUGUAUUCAUAUUUUUAUCAUAAAAUGAUUAAAAAGAC